GGAAAAGGCAGAGUGACUCGUGAGUUUCCUAGAUCCAAAAGAGGCUGUCAAGAAAAGCAUGCAUAGAAAGUUCUUCCCUCGUCUUUAAGUCACCCAAUUAAUUUCACAUAUAUAUAUAUAUACAUACACAUAAUGCAUUAACUUCAUUUAUGUAUAUACACAUAUUCACACAUCUAUAAAGAGCAGCAUAAUUAAACUCUAGAGAUCUAGAGAGAGAGAGAGAGAUGGGGAGGCCUUCAUGUUGUGAAAAGAUAGGGAUCAAGAAAGGACCAUGGACUCCUGAAGAAGACAUCAUUCUUGUUUCUUACAUUCAAGAACAUGGUCCCGGAAACUGGAGAUCAGUUCCCACCACCACUGGGUUACUGAGAUGCAGCAAAAGCUGUAGACUGAGAUGGACAAAUUAUCUGAGACCUGGAAUCAAACGCGGAAAUUUUACUCCUCAUGAGGAAGGAAUGAUCAUUCACUUGCAAGCCUUAUUGGGUAACAAAUGGGCAUCCAUAGCUUCGUAUCUACCACAAAGAACAGACAAUGAUAUCAAGAACUAUUGGAAUAACACCCAUCUGAAGAAGAAUCUCAACAAGUCCGAGAGUGAAGAGAGAAGCGUUUCAGAAAACAUGGCGUUGCAAACUUCAGCCACAAGAAACACCAUUAAUCAUAGAUCUACUACAUAUGCUUCAAGCACCGAAAACAUUUCUCGCCUUCUUGAAGGUUCGAUGAGAGCAUCCCCUAAGAGUAGCACGGCUAAUUUCUUGGAAGAAAAAAUGCAAAAAGGAACGACCAAUCUCAUGGAUGAUCAUGAGAAUCAGUUUCCAUGCGAGCAUGUACAAGGUUCUUGGGAAGAGGAUCAGAGCAAAACAAUCAAUGGGGAUGAUGAUCAUGGAUUCCUUGUUCAUCCAAAGGAGUCAGAGAAAAACGUUAGCUGCGAUCAUGAUGUCCAAGAAGAUGGUGAUGGUGUUGAUGAUGAUCAUAAAAAUGCUACUUCCCCAUUGACAUUUAUUGAGAAAUGGCUUUUGGAGGAGACAAGUACUGGGGUUCAAAUGGAGGAGAUGAGUCACUUGAUGGAACUCUCUAACAUGCUGUAAUAUUAAUGGUCACCCUCUCUCUCUCUCUCUUUUUUUCCUUUCCCUGUGAAUCAUAUUUAUGAGUACUAAUUCUAUAGACACAAAUAAAGGAACUAAUAGUCCCAAUAUCAUGUUUUUUUGGUUAGCUAAUAGUUAUGUAGUUAAUGCUCACUGCAUAAGUUGUAACUAAUCUGAAGUGGUCUAUUCAUUAAUCAAAUACGCAAUCUUAUAUUUA